GUCGCGUCUGUUAGUUGAGUGUGUUUUUAACACUGGGCGUCACAAUGCGACUCUAACAGCGAUUGUUUUGUUUUGUAUAGCUUGUUAGGGGUUUGCGUAACGUAUUCCUCCAACAGAAUACCGAAGAAAGACCCGUUUUUAAGUACCCACGGAAAACCAAGCAAUCCUACAUUUCUUUUUCAAGCGAAGGUUAGCUUGUUGGCUACUAGCUAGCUAUGGAGGAGAGGAAGGAGGAGAGAGAAGCAGAGAUCCAGGAGCACGGCCCGGAGCACUGGUUCUCCAAAUGGGAACGUCAGUGCUUAGCCGAGGCCGAGCAGGACGACCCAAACGACGAGGAGACGGAGCACAACCAGCAGAAACUGUGGCACCUGUUUCAGAACUCAGCCACGGCGGUAGCGCAGCUCUACAAAGAUAGAGUGUGUCAACAACAAGGUCUCUCUCUCUGGGUGCCCUUCCAAAACGCAGCCACAGCCGUCACUAACCUAUACAAAGAGAGUAUGGAAGCCCGUCAGCGGAGCUACGACCUGGGGAUCCAGAGAGGCUACCAGCGCAGAAAUAAGGAGGUAAUUGCCUGGGUGAAAAAACGCAGAAGAACCAUCAGGCGAGAGGACCUUAUUAGCUUCCUGUGUGGCAAAGUCCCUCCCCCACGGACAGCUCGAGCCCCACCCAGAGUUGCCAUGGUGUCCGCGAGCCGACCAUCGCCCCCAGAGACAGGCAGCUCUGUGGAGACCGACCUGCAGCCCUUCAGAGAGGCCAUAGCUUUGCACGGCCUCAGCGGUGCCAUGGCGAGCAUUUCUGUCCGCUCCGGUCCUCCGGGUUCACCGACUCACCCGGCGCAGUCUCUCAGUCGUCGUAGAAACGGUCUCCACGAUGUAGACCUCAACACCUUCAUCGCAGAGGAGAUGGCGCUCCAUUUGGAUUCCACUGCCAAUCGCAAACGAGGCCCUGCCCCCUGUAGUGACGUCAUCACAGACUCACCAACUCAUAAACGUAACAGGAUGCUCUGAACUUUUCCUACACCACUAAUAUCCCCCUCCUCUGUCCUCUCCUUGGUGGCCGACUGGACAGCUGAUGAGGACUGAUACUUUGGCCAACCAUUGAAAUCUUCCUCCUUUUCAUCUUAGUUGCAAUGCUACAAAUAAAGAAAAACUUAACUAUUACCAAACCCACAUAUUGCUCCCCUUCUUUAUUUUUACCCCCACCUCUCCCUGUUGUAUCACUCAUCUUCUCCAUAGCAGUGUUUUUGUUCUUUUGUAGACAUUUUCUUUCCUGUUUAUAUCGUUGCCCCCUAAGUAGAUCUGAUACCUAAGUGAGCACACGUCACACUCUUCAGAUCCUUAAAUUGCAGAAUGUUGCAUCGAGACAUUGUUUUAUUCUUUUCUUUUUUGGUCGGGGUUUCUUUCGUACUUCACAUCCAAUAAUCACAUGAACUUGGGCUGUUGCCUACUACUCGCAGUACUCCUCCCCUCAUUCCUUAAGCGUACUUCCGCCUCCAUGGAGUGUUGGCCAAACCAGACUGGACUGAAACCCGGGCCCCCUCAGAAAAGGCUAAACCUGCCUCCCCGCUGUGUGGCUCGACUCAAAAAUGCUUGGCAGUGUGUGUGUAUCUCAUUCUGCUGCUGCUCUGUGUGUUUGCGUAUUUGACAGAACUGCCACUUACUGUGUUGUACUUGUCUUUGCCUUUUGAGAAAGCUGCUACAGUAUCUCUGGUUGUUGUGCAACGGUGAGUGAGUGAAUGAGUGUGUGUGCGUUUGUGUGUGUGCGCUUGUGGAUGCAGGGUUCUGGCAAAUUCAGCACCCACUUGACCGAAUAAUUUCCUGUUUUACAUUAAAUUCAUCUUUUUUUUGUUUUCUUUUUUUCUUUAGUUGCUCUUUGCAGCCCAAUCCAGGGUUUUAUCACAAAGCAGUUCAGUCUAUUUUACACAGAUAAUCAUGCCUUUCUUCACUGUCGAAGCGAGACGACACUUAAAAAUAGUGGCGUGAUGAGUGUUAGAAAAGCAAAAAUAUAUUUGCAAGUUUUCUUCGUCCAAAUACCCUCAUUCUGCGUGCUUAAUUGCAAUUUUCUAAUCACACUGUUACUCAUGUAUUUUCAUGUUUACAGAUAAUCCAAAUGUACACUAUUUCCUGGUCGGCAUCAAAAUACUCAGACUGACUCAGUACUAGUUCUCCUGCAUUUUUGCAUUAAGAGCAGUAACAGUGUUUUCAAAGCUUGCAUUUUAGCUACUUCAUGUUUACAUUAGGCCCUUUGAUAAUAACUUGAAGUGCAUCGUCAUGCUUUUGUCUUUGGGGGAUGAGAAAUAGUUACAACACUUUCACACUUGUGAUAACAGCUUUAAACCUAGAAAUUUACAGGAGGGGGGACGUGGUUAUGAUGCCUGUGAACCUAGCAUAUGGUAAGAGUCGACGGCUGUGAUGUUUUCUUUAGCCAAGUCGUGGACUUUUGAGUGUGAUGGUUCAACGAGGCACAGGGCACUUGUUUUGUUAAUGUCGCACUGCUUUGUGAUACAAUCUUGUGUAAUGUGUGUAAAUAAACAUGUAGGUGCUGUUAUAUGUGGUACAUAUUGUAAAAAGAAGUGCAAAUUCAUUGGGAUGUCAUGUAUAAUAACGAUUCUGACAUUAAAGAAAAUACAAGC